UGUGCUUGUGUGGGCUUAAAGUCUGGUAAAGCAAGAACUAGCUUGCAACAUAGACUCCCCGCCGAAACGGGACGGGAACCGGGCGAAAGCAGAGAAAGCAAUAAAACAGGGGUGGAGCAAGGCGACAUGCAACGCAAGCAGCUGACAGGGCACGCAUCGAAACGUGUGUAUGACUGGCAAAGUGGCAUGGCGCAUUGGGGAGAAACGCAACGGUACGGGAGCAUGGGCUGGCCAAACGGCAGUGCGGAACGCUAGGUCACUAGAAAAGCAGGGAAAGGCGCACUAUGUAUGCAAUGAGGGCAGCCCCGGCUCGGGGCCGUUGAGAAAGCAGUGGGCGGGAGGGGGGAGGCCCCGGUGUGGGUGGGCCCCAUCGAGGGGGGAUGGGGCGCGCAAGCGGCCAGAUGGGGCGGGGCGCGGGCGGCAGUGGAGUCCUGCGGCUGGGUGGGAUAUAGGGCAAUGAGCGUUGAGCAGUGUGCGAUGAGCAAUGAGCAAUGAGCAGGAGGCGGGCGGCGUGGAGGCUGUGCUGCGCCUGCUGGCCGCCGCGCGGCUGCAGCAGCCCGCGGUGCGCGAGCUGCCGCGGGACGAGGAGGCGGCGGAGGCGGCUGGGGUGGCGCUGCACGCGCUGCUGGUGCUGCUGUCAGGCCACCGGCGCAACCGCGGCCGGCUGCAGCGGGCGGGGGGCGCCGCUGAGCUGGCAGCUUCCUUCCAGGACGAGAAGCUGGGCUGGGAGUCGAGGGAGCAGGCGGCCGCCUUGCUGCAAGAUCUGGCGGCAGCGCUGCUGCAGGACAGCGUGGCGGAGGAGGAGGCGGUUGCGGCGACGGCUGGCACCCCCGCCGCCGCCCCCGGCAUCCCCUCCACCAGCGCGGCGUCACGCCUGCAGCCCGCGCCUCCCCAGCCCCAGGCGGCGCAGUCUCGGGAGGCGGCGUGGCGCGACACGGUGCUGCCGGCGCUGGUGGGCGUGCUGCUGCAGAAGCGCGGCGCGGCCCUGCAGGAAAGCAAGGAGGCGUCGGCAGGCAUCGUGGCCAAGUAUGCGGCCAAUGGGCCGCGCUUUGCUGCAGAGGCCGGGUGA